GUACCGAGUUCUCGGGAAUGAAGUGUGGCUCCGGGGUGCCCCGCAGAGGGAUGUGACAAGCCGGUCAGUGAGGCUGAGCAAAGGGGCUCACCUUGCCUCUGGGCGCCCUAGCAGUGCCCCCAGCCCCUCUUUAUCAGCUGCAAUUCCUGAGUGUUGUGGGAUGCCUCGGUGGGUUAGGGUAGCCACCCAGUGUUGGGGCAGAAAGGCCUCGGAGAGCAUCUGCACCCCCCUGAGGGGCCCUGAAGUAAACUGAGGCCUAGAGAUUUGCCCGGCGUUUCUCCUGGACCCUCCUUGGACCUUCCUGGACCAUUAUCCAUCCCCCGCUUUCCUGCUCCUCCUCCCACGACCGGCAACCUUGCAAAAUCAGGAACCCUCCCUUCCAGAACAUGGCACUUACUAAUUUUACAAACUGAAUAUUGAACUAGGAUCUCUUGAUUGAUACAUAAAGACAUACAUAGAUCAUAUAUGAUUUUAUUCAAAGUAGUAUAGGAAUAAAAAUGCCUUCUAAGUAGUAGGUUUUUCCAAACAAGUUUUUCUCCCCCAAAUUCCUGAGAAACUGUCAGAAGAUUUUCUUUCUUGCCACCUCCUAGAUGGGCACACUGAGCUGGCGAGGUCAAGUGGCUUGUUAUGGCCUUCCUGUGGGCACAUAGGUGAGCUGCAGGUGGAGCUGCAGGUCUGGGCUUCCCUCCAAAGUCCAGCUCCUGAGGAGAGCCAGCUCAGAGGCCCUCUGCAGAAGUCCAACCCUGUCUUUGCAGCUCUCUCCUCUGGGCAUUGGAUGAUUGCAGUGAGCUGUCUUGUAGGUGAAACAUGCAGGGGUAAUUCAUCCAGGAGAUUGUCCAGGGGGGUGGCAGGCAGGGCGGCCCACAGUGGUCACAUGUGUGCCUUGCUUUUCUCGGAUGAUCAAAGCUCGCCAUGUCUGAGCCACUGUCCUGGCCAGGGACCCAGCACGGUCACCGUGGCUGCCAUGAGGGCUGCAGUUUCCUUCCACGCCUUUGUCAUCCCUGGUUGCUGCUGCCCCUGGCCAGGAAAGGUGAGAUAUCAGAAGCAUUUGAUUUUUCACAUACCUGGAAGAGAGAAGAUUAAUUCCUGCAUCAAGAAGUGUUUGGGGAAAGGUUGGUAAAAUGGGAAGCGGAUUCUACUUAUUUGGCGUCUUGAGAAACAGCAGACAAGAAACGCCAAGUUAACUAGCUGGGCCCCAGGAGUCUGCAGUAGGGGAAGCUGUAGAUUAGUGCUGGAUUGUGGUAGUCCAAGCCAUUUCGAGUUCGGCUGGAAGGUCCCCUGCUAGUGGAGGGGGCUGGGGAGAAGAGGGAGACCCCAGGGCUGUCCUGAACAGGUGAGCACAUGCCCAACUACAGGGGACAGACUCGACUCAGCUCCAGCCAGUUUGGAGGUAAACAGAGUCGACAGGUCUUGUGACUUUUCGAGAGGAUUCUCCAGCCUGGGUAUUUAAAUAUGGGCUCAAAUUCUAGAAGUAUGGUAGAGGGUUAGGGGUGAGUGCCCUUCCAGGAGGUCUGAAGCUUGCCAUCUGGCCCGGUGCUUAUCUAUUGGGAAGGGUGUCACCGCAUCAGAGAGCAGAGCACAAGAGCCACACCCAUUGUGGGCCCAGGGACUAAGAACUGAUGGCUGCCCAUCAUGCCUGCGGCCAGGUCCCUAGGCUGGAGGUGAGGCGGGCAGAGCUCCUUCAUGUACUCGUGUGCCAUGUGUUCAUUCAGCAGCUGUUGAAUGAAUUCCCAUAAUGUAGAAAGUCAUCUGCAUGAACCUUUUCAUAUAAUUCCUUUCACCAGAUAGAUCCUACAGCUGAGCCUCUGGGAUGAUUUGGCGGGGCUAGGACAGACAGGGUCCCAGCCCUCAUGGGAUGGGGACAAGCGGAAUUGGCUGUGUAGACAGACAAAUCGUCCAGAAGCUGCCAUAAUAGCCCAGAAGGGUGGUGAUGCAAAGCAAGGCCUGGGAGCAGGGGUGGGGAAGUGGAGGGUGGACUCGGGGGAGUGUGAGGAGUCUCCUUUUCCAGGUGUGGACAUUGAGUUUCAGAGCAGUGGGUGGGAGGCACCCAUCCCCUGAGCAGGGGAUGCUCAGAUAUGAUAUUAAGUUGGGAGUGACUUGCCCAAGGUCACAUAGCCAGUAAGUGGAAAGUCAGGGGGUCUCUGAUCUCCAGCUCUUGGCCAGCUCCUUCAUCUCCACUGUACUGGGCUGAGGCCUCUUAGAAACUCCCAGAGGAGUGGACACUCCCUGUAAUUGGCAGCUCUCAUUUUUCCCAUCUACACGUUCAGGCCCUGUCCCCGUUCCUAGGGCCUCAGCAGGCCCAGGAUUGCAGAGAUGCCGUUUAGAGUGCAUUUGUAUGAAAGAAGAGUCGUCUAAAUUCUAAAAGCAGAGACUGUUUUUAAAAGUGGUGGCUGACUUGGGAGUGUCACUGAUCUGAGCAAUCAGCCAGCGGACGUCUCUUUAGCAGCUUGUGAUUUGAAGUGACUCAGUCACUGGUGAGAAUCACACAGCCUCCCUCCCCUUCUGGUCUGUAAAGGGGAUGCUCAGGUAUGAGAUGAAGUUACUUCAAAGGGUCACUCUGUUCCUGUGCUGUGAAUGAGGAGAUCAUGUUUGCACUUAGCUGGCUAAGUGUUGGGAGACUGAGUAUUUCCACUGCUCGAGGCAUUUCGUUAUUGGCCUCCAGUAUGAGGGUCUGAUUUCUUUACUGAGAUAGUUUCUCCUUUCAAAUAAAGCACUGGGACACAAUGAUUUAUGUGUAGACCUGUGUCUCCACAGCAGGAGAUGGAGCAUAAAGGGAACAGUUAUCUAAUUAGUGUGUCCAGUCUAGGUGUCUAGUUAGGAGUGUCCAGGAAGAAGGAGAAAGGUUUUGUGUCCAUUUGGGCCAACAUAGAUUUUUUAAAUUGUAAGUAUGGGAGUUGGGGAGGAAGACAGUUCAUCGCAAGACCUAUCACGUGCUGCAUCCCCACAGGUUGAAGCUGGCCCUCUGCUAGGCAGGUCACACAGGUGUAUCCCUUUGUGUCCUUUAGAGGGCUGGGAAGCUGUUGGAGAUGACACACACCAAGCUCUCAGCCAUCCGGAUGUGCAGGAGGAGGGAUUGGGAAUGACAGUGGAGGCAGGAGGGAAAUAAGGGGGUGAGGGGAGAAGAACAACUGUGGCUCCAGAAGGAGGAGGCGGCGUGAAUCAGCAAGUGGUUAAGUUGUGGGGAGGUGGCAAGUGGGAAGCAGUUUCUCAUCUUCGCUGGUUUCCAAAGGGAUGGAGAGGAAAGGAGACUGUCUGCAGCAGGACUUGCAGCGUUUCUGCCCUGCAACCCUGGGCCAGGUGCAUUGGGGCAGAGAGUCAGAGCACAGCACAGAGCACAGCUCUCAGAUCAGUGGGCGAGGUGGAGAUUGUGCAAGUCAGAGUUAUAUAACGCCGUUGACAGGCACCUUAAGGGGCUUGGCAAAGUGCAGCGGGAGCCCGGGGUAGCGACUUUGAGAUUGGAGUGUUCUGGGAAGACUUCGCCCCCUGGCUUGAAGGCGGGUGUCUUUUCUAAGAGUUAAUACCUGGCAGUGCUUGGCACAGUGCCUGGCAUCCAGUAAGUGCUCAGUAAACACUGGCUCGGGUGGUAUUCUUCAGCCCCAGAGCUCCUAACCCUGCAUGUCUCCAUAUUUGAUUCCAGUAUAUUCUACCUCAAAGGGUAUAGAUAGGCAGGGGCCCCUGCAGGCCUUGGCUCCAGCUGUUUCUUUAGGGUGGUGGCUUCACUCUCUGGACUCUGUCUCCUCAUCUGUGUGAGGAGAACACUGGUAAACAGCUACCCUUCAAGACCCUUCAGCUGACCUUGCAGCCAGGCUGUGGAGCAGCUCGGCUGUGCCCAUAUUUGAUGCAAUUAACCAGAGAGAGGAGACCGCGCGGCUCUAGGUGGGACUGUGCUGGUGUAGCUCGCUUGUGAAUGUUACAUCUCGCCCCACUCUCAGCUUAAAAGAGCCCAGAGGGGGUCUGAGGGGGGCCUCCUGGCUUCGGCAGGCUCUCCCCGAAGCCUAUUUUACAUUUCUAGAACUCAUCAUGGCCCAGGCCUUUUAGAUCUCUGAAGAAAGUAAGGCUGGCAGAUCCUCAAAAGCAGAGGGUAUCAUUAUAAUGGAAACUUGGACACUUUCCAGAAUUGCAUUUGUGGUAAAAAUAUUGAAACAGACAGCCCAGGCACCCAGGUGCCUGGAAAAUACCCCAACAUGGGCAAAUAAUUAGAUACAGGCCAGGCACAAUUAUGUUUUUCUGACAAUAGGCUGGAACUUGGUGGCUUAGCAUUUUCUCUUGAAAUGGAAUACGCCCCUGCCGGACCCUUUUGCUCCCUGUGGUCAAAAAGAUAGUGGUGUGGCCACCAAGGGGGAGGGCAUACAAGGAGAAGUGGCGAUCCCAUCCCUCCCAGGGUGGCCCUGGAUCUAUCUCAGGGAGGUUCUGUCCUGCUUUUGCUUUUCUGUGUCCCUGUAGGUAGCUGUCCUGAGGGACUGGGCCCAUGGCACCUUUGCUAGGAGGCCAGAGCCUGCAUUUCAGAGUCUAAGAGGUCGAGAGAGGUGUAAGAUGUAUUAUCUUACCCUUCCACGAAAGUGGUCUGGGCAGCUGUGUUCCCUUUUGUAACCGCUGGCAGCUCACUCACGCUGAUGGCGGUAAGUUCACCUGUACCUUCACGUUUCUUGUCAGCCAAAUGUUUGGUGCAAAUGACAUGGACGCUCUUUUAGCCCAGGUGUUAGAUCCCAUAGGCACUGGGUAGGGCAGGGCAGGUAGUGGGUUGAGCCUGGGAUCCACGCUGACUCAGGUUCAAGUUCAUGCAGUGCUGCUUUGUCCCAUUACUGUGACUCUGGACAAGCAGCUUAGCUUGCAUCUCGGUUUCCCCAUCUGUAAAAUGGUGUUAAUGAUCUCUACCUGGUUGGGUGGCUUGAGUAUUUGAAAUAGUACAAUUUAGGGUUCAGGGGAGCUCCCCACAUGGAACCACUUUUUUCUGGGCGAGGUCUAAACCUCUGGAGAGAUAGAGGAGGAGGAGGAGGAGGAAGGCAGGUGGAAAUCCGCAUGUGAUGGCCGUUCCCGACUGCAGCUGUUGUUGGAGAAUGUGGCUGAACCAGUGGGCAAGGAAGUGGGGAACAGGGGCAGUCAGGCAGACCCACCUACCCCAUCGCCUGUGGAGCUGGAGGAGCCUCUCCCAGCAGGGCGAAGGGCCUCCUUGCCAUGAGGAAAGGCAGGGCUGGGCUGUCACGUCCAGGCCCUCUUUCCAUAUUCCUGGGAUGGUGUAGACACCACCAGGUAUAGACAACAGGAAAGUUACACAGUGGGAGCUUCCUCCUCAUGGAAGGAAACAUCUGGAGUGGUGGAGAAGAGUCGCCUCGUGGCAAGGAAUAUGAUGUGCUGGGCUCCGUGCCUGGCCCACGGUUGGAGGGUGGUCAAUGGCAUCUGUUAGGUACGUACUUGGUAGAGGUGGCCACAGUGUGUCAAAUAGGUAUAGUUGUCUGCUUUAGGAAAUAAUGUGGCUUUAAAUUCAAGAACAUCUCUUUCCUACUUGUUGGCAGAGCAUGAUUGAGAUAAUGGUGAGCCAUGGAUCUCAAGGUCGCAUUCUAACUUGAAUGCAAUUCACAGGGAGCUGAGGUUGUGCUUGACUCCUAGUCUGGACCUGGACAAGCUUCUCCACCUCCUCUCUCUUGGUCCCAGCCCCUGACAGGGCCUGUGCUUCUACCAGACCUGGUUUUGUCUUCGCAACGAGACGCCUGGCCAGCCGGGCCUGGACCUGGCUGCACUUGGGUCCCCCGGCCACUGGAGAGGGGGAGCCCCCACAUCUGCCUACUUCAUCAUCGAGCGCCCCCACCCCCACUGCCUUCAGGAAGCGUUUGCCAGUCAUUCUUGCUAUCUCCUCCCGGUACCUCCCUCCCCCAUCCAGGUGGAGCCUUCCUCCUCUGAGCUUCUGCAGUUUUCCUCUAUUGUAUUUCCCAACCUUGACCCUGUCCCACACUGUGCUGGGCUCCAGUUUCCUGGGUACACUCUGCUCUCCCAGCCUGACAAGGCUGUCUUCAGGAGGAGGGUGUCUGGGGCUCACGGCACGUCCAUGUAGCUAGACUCUCACUUAGUGACCAGUGACUGCCAUGUGUUGCAUUAAUGCAUCAAUUAAAAAUGAUUCUUCCAAAGGCUAGUUUCUCCUGGAGAUUUUAUGUGAACCCUAAGUUUGAUAGUGUGGCACAGGAGAGCUCACACUUGUCACUCAAUUUCCCAAGGAGUCGAGAGUCUAAUGGAAUAACCUUGGAUUUCCUGGCAUUAGGUUUUGGGGCUAUUAAAACAUAGUAACCACAGUUUUUUGUGUCUUGAGAGCCUUAGGGGAAAAUGUUAUGGAAAUGUGGUUGUUGUUUCAGGAAUAUAAGCGGAGCCAUCCACUCAGGCGAGAAAUGUGGAGGCUGCUGGUGUUUCUUAUAGCUGGUAUAAAUAGCUUGGCUUCAAGUUCCAUGCUCCUUUGUUUGGAAUGUAAAUAUUUGCAUUAAAAAUAUAAAGUAUGUCCUGGCAUGUAUUUUUAGGGACCAUAAUUUCCAAACCCCAAAUCAGACUAUGGGUCUACUGAGGAUUAAUUUUUUCUGCUUUGUGAACCUGUGUAUGUAAAGAGUCUUCCAAAUGUACACACCAAACCCUGUUUGCUUUGUGCCUGGAAGGGACCGCCAGGAUUGCAAGAAAGUAGGGUUGCCCUGGGGAGUGUGGGCCGAGGGCUUGCGUUUCUCUCCACACAAUUCUGAUGGUUCUGCCUGGUAGCUGCAGCAGCCCAGGGCGGUGGGGUGGAGGAGUUUUGGCCAAGAUCUUGUGGGUCAUCAGGGGCCUGGCUUCUCUGUCCUUGGUUUCCUGGACAUCCAGGCGGGGAUUUGGCUGCAGCUGGCUGACCUCCGUGUCACGUGACCAGACGCUUGACUUUGGAGUUGCUGUUGCUCUAGGAAGGUGUUCGGGAGUUUGAGUGCCCUUUCUGUGGUCUGGUGGAGGGAGCAGGAAGUUCUCAUGUCCGCUUCAGAGGGGAACUGUGAGGCCCUCUGUGCGGUGUCUUCUUCCACUGGAUUCCUGGGGGCUGUUUAGCUUUAGUUUUUCUAUGAAGGAUAACCCAGAUGAUUUGUUAAUCCCUUACUGUGGGUGGGAUGUCAUCUCUGGCCUGGCCUCGGCCUGUUCUCAGUAGUGGGGGGCUUGGUGGGGCAGCAGGAGCUGGGCAGGCCAUUUGCCCCUGGUAUGGGGGAGCUUGUUCCUAAGGCUCUCUGGGCGGCCUUCAAUGGACACCUUCUGGCUCAGAGGCUGUAACGGAGAAGGUUGGGCCGUGGAGGUCAGCUAGCCUGCAGGGAAGGGCCGAAUGCAGGUGGGCCCCCAACUGGCAACCUCCCUCAUGUCUCAUCACAGGAUGAAGGGCAGAUGAGAAGACAGCCAGGAGGGUCCUGGGCCCUCAGCUGUGACUCCCCGAGAGGCAGGUACCAAGGGCUUCCUUUGUCCUUGCUUCCCAGCCAGCGCGUGGCCCCUGCCCUUGAGAGAGUCAGCUCCUCCUCCAUCCCACUGAACACUGUGAUGCCUCAGGACUGGACUCCUUGGGGCAGCAGGGACCCUUCCGUCUUGCCUUCCCUAGCUCUGCCUUGCAAAUGUGCAGCCUCCUGAGCCUCAGAGUGUCUGACGUCUCUCUGCCUGGGGACCCUCUCUGAAACAUUGUGUGGGCUUAGAAACCGUGAGCCUUGGGAAGGACCAUUUUCCUCCGAGCCUUGGGUGUGUUGAACUGUGGAGGCUUACCACUUCCUCGCCUGUGGUCAUCUCCAGCCUGACCCACAGUGGCGUGACCCUCUCUCAUCAUCCGUCACAGUUUUUAAUAAAGAAAAUAUGUUCCAGAAAGGCCGAGUCCCAUGCCGCAUCAGGAAAUCUGGCAUUUUUUAAAGUUUGCGCCCCACAGAGGAAAUAUUCCAAAGGUACUCAGGAUGUAAAAGCGAAGAUCUUCACAGAUGCCUCCGUGGAUGGCAUGGCAAUCCAUCCAUCAGUGAGAAGACCAUGAUUUCUUUUAAUUUUGUGUGUGUUUCCACAUUCCCCAGUGAGAAUUCUUCCACCUUUUUUUGUGCCAUGGGAAAAACCUGAAGGGCAGGCAGAGCUGCUCCUGAACUUGUGACCUUCUCUGAGGUUGCAGCGGCUCUUGUAGAACAUGACUCUGGGACAUCACUUCCUUUUGUUUUCUUUUGGAGCUGAACCAAAGAACGUGCAUCCUCUUUCUCUAGUGCUGUGGUGUCUGCUUAUUUUUGUAUUUGUGCUUUCCAUCCAUCUUCUGUAAUCACAAGGCAUUCUUAAGGUUUUCCAGCACGACUUGCGGACAUCCAGACUCCUGGGGGGCCCACCCAUGGCUUGGUAAGCCAGCAGCCCAGGGCACUGGCACUACCAUGAGGCACUGCAUUAAUUGCUGCAUACAGCUGUUACCCGACGGCGCACACAAGCAGCAGGUCAACUGCCAAGGGGGCCCCCAUCACGGUCACCAGGCGUGCCCCACGUGCAAAGGAGAAAACAAAAUUCUGUUUCGUGUGGACAGUAAGCAGAUGAACUUGCUUGCUGUUCUUGAAGUGAGGACUGAAGGGAACGAAAACUGGGGUGGGUUUUUGCGCUUCAAAAAGGGGAAGCGAUGUAGCCUCGUUUUUGGACUGAUAAUAAUGACCUUGGUAAUGGCUUCUUACAUCCUUUCUGGGGCCCACCAAGAGCUUCUGAUCUCAUCACCUUUCCAUUACGGAGGCUUCCCCAGCAACCCCAGCUUGAUGGACAGCGAAAACCCAAGUGACACAAAAGAGCAUCACCACCAAUCCUCUGUAAAUAAUAUUUCAUACGUGAAGGACUAUCCAAGCAUUAAAUUAAUUAUCAACAGGAUCACAACUAGGAUUGAGUUCACGACCAGACAGCUCCCAGACUUAGAAGACCUUAAGAAGCAGGAGUUGCAUAUGUUUUCAGUCAUCCCCAACAAAUUCCUUCCAAACAGUAAGAGCCCCUGUUGGUACGAGGAGUUCUCGGGGCGGAACACCACCGACCCCUACCUCACCAACUCCUACGUGCUCUACUCCAAGCGCUUCCGCUCCACCUUCGACGCGCUGCGCAAGGCCUUCUGGGGCCACCUGGCGCACGCGCACGGGAAGCACUUCCGCCUGCGCUGCCUGCCGCACUUCUACAUCAUAGGGCAGCCCAAGUGCGGGACCACAGACCUCUAUGACCGCCUGCGGCUGCACCCUGAGGUCAAGUUCUCCGCCAUCAAGGAGCCACACUGGUGGACCCGGAAGCGGUUUGGAAUCGUCCGUCUAAGAGAUGGGCUGCGAGACCGCUAUCCCGUGGAAGAUUAUCUGGACCUCUUUGACCUGGCCGCACACCAGAUCCAUCAAGGACUGCAGGCCAGCUCUGCAAAGGAGCAGAACAAGAUGAAUACAAUCAUUAUUGGGGAGGCCAGUGCCUCCACGAUGUGGGAUAACAAUGCCUGGACGUUUUUCUACGACAACAGCACGGACGGCGAGCCACCGUUUCUGACCCAGGACUUCAUCCACGCCUUUCAGCCGAACGCCAAACUAAUUGUCAUGCUCAGGGACCCUGUGGAGAGGUUGUACUCAGACUACCUCUACUUUGCAAGUUCGAAUAAAUCCGCAGACGACUUCCAUGAGAAAGUGACAGAAGCACUGCAGCUGUUUGAAAAUUGCAUGUUUGAUUAUUCACUGCGCGCCUGCGUCUACAACAAUACCCUCAACAACGCCAUGCCUGUGAGGCUCCAGGUCGGGCUGUAUGCUGUGUACCUUCUGGACUGGCUCAGUGUUUUUGACAAGCAACAGUUUCUCAUUCUUCGCCUAGAAGAUCAUGCAUCCAACGUCAAGUACACCAUGCACAAGGUCUUCCAGUUUCUGAACCUAGGGCCUUUAAGUGAGAAGCAGGAGGCUUUGAUGACCAAGAGCCCUGCAUCCAAUGCACGGCGUCCCGAGGACCGGAACCUGGGGCCCAUGUGGCCCAUCACACAGAAGAUUCUGCAGGAUUUCUACAGGCCCUUCAAUGCUAGGCUGGCUCAGGUCCUCGCUGAUGAGGCGUUUGCGUGGAAGACGACGUGAGAGCUGAACUGUUGCUGCACGUGCUGGGCCCGCCAAUGCCGUCAUCAUCAGGAUUUUACAAAUCUCUUUGCGGGGAACUGUUUCACUCAUGGUGUGGAAAACCCCAGGACUCUGCCACUCCAGGCACACAUGAAUUAUAACCAUUUUGGAAUUUCCUUUGUGAUGUUCAAGAGCUCAGCAAUGGACCCCUCACAGAGCUCCUCUGUCCGAGGCCAUUGGAGACCCCAGUUUCUCAAGAAUUCAGCUCUUCUCUGAGCGUCCUGGAGCUUGGGGAUGCAGCCAGCUGGCCUGCCCUGGCUGUGGAGAGAACACCUAGGAAGGCAGCCCGGCCCUGCCCGCCUCCACCUUCUGGAGAGCCUGAGUCUGGGUUCUGAGUUAGCAAGCCAGAGGUCAUGCCACAGGCCUGGCUGGAACUUAGACUUCACGUUCCCUUUUCUCCCCCUAGAGAUGGGGUCUCGCCGUGUUGCACAGACUGUCUGUAUUCAGUGGCUGUCUUCACAGGUGUGAUCGUACCACAUUCACUUCUGAAACACUCUUGGUGAGAUGGCUGACCUCACUGGGACAGAGAACCGCAGUCUUUCAAGAAUGGAGGCUCUUCAUUUAUUUUUUUCCUUUACUCCAAACUCAGCCCUCCAGUUUCUUCAGAUGUAAACCCUGUUAACUUCACUGUUUCCAAAAGGAAAAAAACAAGUCAGUUUUCGGCAGCACCUUCAUCUUUCUGACCUCCUGCUCUUCUGUCCUUGUGGACUUACGUUUAACAUAGAAAAUGAAUGCGUUCAAAACAAAACCACUUUCUGCAUUUAACCAGUCCUGGCUGUCUCUCUGCUGCCUCUUUAUACGUUUUCUCAAGAAAUUCAGUUUAUAAUUGGAAGGGAAAUUUUUGCUGUUAAUGCCAGAAUGAGCAACCUGAAGGAAUUGAACACUUCAUGGAAAAUCUAGGUAAUUCAAGCCCUCAUCAGGUUUAUAAGGUCAUCAGAGAAACAGAGGAUUUUAAUUUUUAGUUCUGGCCAGCUACAGGCUCCAUUUCUCUGCGUUCCCAUUGGAAAUAGUUUAUUUCCACAUUCUCCACUACGUGUGGUCAAAGUUCCUCACCCAGCAGGGGACUAUAGAUACUCGUGUCCCAAUUCCAAAACAAUGCACACGCUGAACUUGGGCUGAACGUGGCGUGUUGAGAUUUGGAAUGAGGUUUCUAAGAGCCGUGUUCUUCAUGGAAUUUUCCAGGCUACUUGGCAGCUUGGUUUACCGAUGGAUGGGCUAGAGACCUUGUCAUUUCUUGGAAGUCACAGGGAAGAUUGAAGAGAACACUUGAGCAUCCUUGGCAACAGCGCAGGUGGGACCUGGAUGAAGCUUUACACUCAAGUGUUGUCAAGGGAAGCGUCCUGUGAACCAAAGUUCUCAGGCCAAGGUCUCGCCCACCAAAGCCAGAAAGUGCAAGCACCCGUCUACCCAGCUCUAACUUGUAUGUGUGAGACAGACCGGGCUUCAGGGGUAGGAGAAUCUGCAAUCGCUCAGCCGUCCCCUCCUGGUGCUGUUGUCUUUCUGUCAUCAGAGAAGGGACACAGCCCGUUUGAAGGUGUGCAGAGGGCUCUGAGCGCCAGGAUGGCCGGGGCUGUUUUUGCUACUGAAGGAGUGUGCGUCCUGAACUCCCACUUGCAGGGACAGUCCCCACCGUCUCUAUAGCCGGCACUGGGAGCAGCCGCCAGCAGGAAAAUCUGGCGUGAACACAAGGAUGCUUUAGGGAGAGAUCACUUCAGUGUGUGUGUAUAUUUAUUUGCAGUACAGUGCGUGUGUGUGUGUGUGUGUACGCGCACGUGUGGGUGAGUGCGUCUUCUGAGUGGGUUCUGUUCAGUUGCUAAUGAGGCUCCUCCGCUCUGGACACAACCCUUUUAUAGAUUAAUUUCUCUGCCAAUUAACUUGUCAUUUUCAGUACAUAUUUUACUAUUCCACACCAACCAUAAUUACAACAAGGGAUUUUUCUUAUGCACUCCUAUGCAUGUGAAUAACAUGUGGUGUAAUUCUGCUUCUUACAGAAGUAUUACUGAAGGUAUUAUUUCCAAUAUUAUUUGGUUUAUUAUGUGGAUCUUUUUUAUAUAUGCAGUCCCAUCCCUUCUGUGCCAAUCAAUGCCAUCCAGACAUGGUUUUUCCCUCCAGGGGCCUUUCUCCAGAGGGCACUUCUGCUGCCUCUGCUUCCUCUCGUUCGAGGCCCGGCUCUUGCUGACAGACUAGGUUCCGUUCUGGGCGGUGGUUCUCGAGCCUGCCAUUCAAAACCAAAGCGAAUUGGAGCAUUUCUCACAACAUGGUAUUGAAGUUCCUUUUUGUUCUCAAAAGCUGUGACUGUGUUAAAUUGUACUCCCUUAGUCCUGUAAGGUAUGUUAAGCGAAUUGCAGUUACACUGUACUUUUAUUAAUAUUUAACAAAAUUAAAGAUGGACCCAUAUGAGUGA